AUGUCUGGCGACGGAAGAGUCAAGUUGACAAGCACCGGCCCAACCUCAGCGAGGCGCGGCAUUCGGUUCUGGCUGAUCAUCCUUGCCGUCUGCAUGUUUGUCUUUCUCUCUGCACUGGAGUUUAGCGCAGUCGCCACUGCGCUGCCUACCAUCACACAUGACCUCAAUGGCGGCAAAUUUGUGUGGAUCGCGUCUGCGUAUGGCCUUGCGUCGACGGUGUUCCUUCCUGCCUCUGGUGGCAUGGCAGACAUCUGGAGCUGCAAGCCCUUUAUGUUGCUUUGGCUGGGAAUGUUCGGCCUUGAGAGCACUCUGUGCAGUGAGGCUCAGAACAUGAACUGGCUCAUCGCCGCACGCAUCCAAGGAGUGGGUGGCGGCGGCAUCUUAUCGGUGUCGAGCAUCAUCAUUUUGGACUUGGUUCCACUGAGAGAGCGUGCAACGUACAAUGGCUUGAUUGGCAUGACAUGGGGAGUGGCAGCUGCGAUAGGACCGAUCAUAGGCGGAGCACUGGCACAACACUCCGCAUGGCGCUGGUUGUUCUACUUGAACUUGCCUAUCACCGGCGUUGCCACACUGCUCAUAGCCGCCUUCCUCCGAGUUUGGACACCAGGCGGCUUGUUCUCGGAGAAGCUAUCUCGCAUGGAUUGGAUAGGAAAUGUGCUCAUCAUUGGGAGUUCCAGUUUGAUUGUGAUUAGCCUGACAUGGGGCCGUGUCAAGUUUAGCUGGAGCUCGGCAUAA